UCCUAUUCCCCUGAGCGGAGAGAAUGGGAGAUAGCAGCUAAUCUUAUCUUCCUCCAUCCAUCCAUCCCAAACAAAAGCAAAGCAGAACGGAACGGAAAGCUCUUUUCCUUUGUCUCUUUUCCUACUCUCUCUCUCAUUAAUGCUCGCUCGGAAAUAAAGAGCAGGUUCCUGCAUCCGCCCAAAACCCCUACCCAUAAGAUUCGAAACUCUCUCUCUCUCUCUCUCUCUCUCUCUCGUUUCGUUUUAGAUUGAGUUCCAUGCCGAUUCCUAAAUUCGGCUCUCAAAUCCCAUCCACAUACAAUUCUAGGAAAUCCAUUUCCUAGUGAAGGCAGAAAUCAUCAUCAGAUCCUCACGCAAUCAAUCAUAUACCAACGAUGAAUCACUGCGUUCCAGAUUUCGAUAUGGAAGACGACUCUUCCGUCCCAUCUUCUUCUUCCGGAUUCCACCAUCUGAAGAAAUCUACUCUGCCGGAAGAUGAUGAUCUUGUGGAGCUUUUGUGGCAAAACGGACAGAUCGUGAUGCAGAGCCAGAAUAAAAAACCUCAGAAGAAAUCGCCGAAAUUCUCCCCUGCCGACGCCGUUCUUCCCGGUCGGCCGGGAUGCGGGGCUGGAGACGAGAUCGGAUUGUCCACAACGGUGCCGGCGGCGAAUCAGCUCUUCAUCCAGGAAGACGAGAUGGCGUCGUGGCUGCAUUAUCCGAUCGACGACUCCUUUGACCGGGAUUUCUGCGCCGAACUCCUCUAUCCGGCGCCGGCAGGGGCAUCCCAGGCCCCGGCGGAUCGGAGGCCGGAGGAGAAGCCGGCGCUGGUGCAGGAACCGGAGCAGCCGCCACUGCGGCUGGCUUCUAGCUCCCGGCCUCCGGUCCAUCCGGCGCGGCGGGCCGAAGUGGAGGCGGGCAGCUUCGUGAAUUUCACGCAUUUCUCGAGGGGGAAAGGGAAGGGCGAAUGUCGGCCGUUGGAUUUGGAGAAGGCGGGGAGGGAAUCAACGGUGGUGGAUUCGAACGAGACGCCGGCGGGGGUUAGGGUUUUGAAGGGAGAGAAGGCGGGGGCGGAGCUCUUUGGCGGGAAUGCGGGCGCGGGCAGCAGCACGUGCGGUGGAGGCGGGGAGAGGGAGAUGGGCACGUGCGAGCAGACGUUGACGUCAUCUUCGGGUGGGUCCGGUGCCAGUGCUGAGCGGCUGCUGAAGUCGUCUCCGGCGGAGGACAGGAAGAGGAAAGCCAGGCAAGGAGACGAGUCUGAGUGCCAGAGCGAGGAUGCUGAGUAUGAAUCCGUCAACGAAAAGAAAAUUGCUCGUCGAUCCACAUCUGCCAGAAGAGCCCGUGCUGCAGAAGUCCAUAAUCUUUCUGAGAGGAGGCGUCGAGAUCGGAUCAAUGAGAAGAUGAAGGCAUUGCAAGAACUCAUACCUCGCUGCAACAAGUCAGACAAAGCUUCAAUGCUGGAUGAGGCAAUUGAGUACUUGAAGUCCCUUCAAUUGCAAGUGCAGAUGAUGUCAAUGGGGUGCAGCAUGGCCCCCAUGAUGUUUCCUGGUGUCCAGCAGUACAUGCCUCCAAUGGCGAUGGGGAUGGGGAUGGGCAUGGGCAUGGAAAUGGCAACCAACCCCGGCUUCAGCCGACCGAUGCUGCCGUUUCCACCAGUCUUACCAGCCACAGCCACUCCUGGAUCUGCUGGAGCCCAUUUAGGUCCAAGGCUCCCUAUGUCAGCUUUCCAUCUACCACAUAUUCCUCCAUUUGAUCCAUCUAGAGUACAAGCAACCAACCAGCCUGAUCCUGCAUUGAACUCGGUCAGCCUACAAAGUCCCCAUCCACUACAAAACCCAAAUCUUGCCGAUCCAUAUCAACACUACCUCAGCCUUCACCACAUGCAAGUGCAACCUCAGAAUCAGGAAAUGGCGCAGCCGGGCCCCAGCAAGGGAGCUGAAACUCCAGAAACUCACGAGUCCGGUUGAAAUGUUGGGCCAAUGAGCGGCGAGAGGCUGCCCCACUAAUUUUUGUAGAGUAAGGACAGCAUCCUCCUACUGUAUACCAUCACCCUCAAGACUAAGAUGCGGCUAACCUGUAACUAUUACCAUAUAGAGUGCCUUUCUUUUUCUUAAAUCAUCUAUGCCUUUUUCUCCUUCUCUUCUUUCUUUACGAUCUGUAUGAAUGUAGUUGAUGGUUGUUAUAGUCUGUGUGUGGCUGUUUGGCUAGGGGUUGAUCUUCUUUAUGGGUUUUGCUUCCCCUAUGUGCUAGUUCAGGAUCACCAGCAUGGGCCCACAUGUAGAGAUGAUCCAAAGAUUGGAACGGUUCAUCAUCUGUGUAACUACCAUAUAUGAGCUAAUAGUGCAAUGACAACACCCCAAGAAUGACCCUGACAUUUGAUUC